UUCUACCUUGUAAAUACUGUUAUUUGUAUAUACUGUAAAUGAUGACAUCGGUGGGCACUAACCGAGCCCGGGGGAACUGGGAGCAGACACAGACACAGAGCCAGACACAGCACAAGCAGCGGCCGCAGGCCACUGCAGAACAGAUUCGACUUGCACAGAUGAUUUCGGACCACAACGACGCUGACUUUGAGGAGAAGGUGAAACAACUGAUUGACAUCACAGGCAAGAACCAGGACGAGUGCGUGAUUGCUCUGCAUGACUGCAACGGAGAUGUUAACAGAGCCAUCAACGUGCUGCUGGAGGGCAAUCCGGACACGCAUUCCUGGGAAAUGGUCGGGAAGAAGAAGGGUGUCUCAGGACAGAAGGAGAGCGGACAGACAGAACCUAGUGAAGAAAGCAAAGAGAACCGGGAGAGAGAUCGGGAUUUCAGCAGACGACGUGGCGGGCCACCGAGGCGGGGGCGAGGUGCCAGCCGUGGAAGAGAGUUUCGGGGCCAGGAGAAUGGACUAGACGGUGGUAAGAGUGGAGGAACUUCUGGAAGAGGCACAGAAAGAGGGAGACGGGGACGUGGCCGAGGCCGAGGUGGCUCUGGAAGGCGAGGGGGAAGAUUUUCUGCCCAAGGCAUGGGAACUUUCAACCCAGCUGACUAUGCCGAGCCGGCCGGCACGGAUGAGAACUAUGGGAAUAGCAACAACAACACGUGGAACAACACUGGUAGCUUUGAGCCGGAUGAUGGCACAAGUGCGUGGAGGGCAGCGACGGAAGAAUGGGGCACGGAGGACUGGAAUGAAGAUCUGUCUGAGACGAAGAUCUUCACCGCCUCCAACGUGUCUUCAGUGCCUCUGCCUGCCGAGAAUGUGACAAUCACAGCUGGACAGAGAAUCGAUCUUGCAGUCCUGCUCGGAAAGACGCCCUCUUCUAUGGAGAAUGAGUCAACAAACCUGGAGUCGUCCCAGGCUCCUUCCCUGGCCCAGCCACUGGUGUUCAGCAAUUCCAAGCAGAGUGCUAUAACCCAGCCUGCCUCUGGUAACUCCUUCUCUCACCACAGCAUGGUGAGCAUGCUGGGGAAAGGGUUUGGAGAUGUCGGGGAGACCAAAAGCAGCAGUACUACAGGUUCUCAGUUUCUGGAGCAGUUCAAGACCGCCCAGGCUCUGGCUCAGCUGGCUGCUCAGCACACCCAGCCUGGUGGGAGCACCACUGCCUCUUCCUGGGACAUGGGAUCCACUACGCAGACCUCGUCUCUCGUACAGUAUGAUCUCAAGAACCCAACGGACUCUUCCGUGCAUAGUCCCUUCACUAAGCGUCAGGCCUUCACGUCAACUUCAACCAUGAUAGAAGUGUUCAUGCAGGAGAAACAACCUGUGGUGACUGCCUCUACAACCGUGCCGGCACCCCCUUCCUCGCCGCUGCCCAGCAAAACCAAUCCUGUUCCCCAGAUGUCCCCGGGGUCCUCGGACAACCAGUCCUCCAGUCCCCAGCCAGCACAGCAGAAGCUGAAACAGCAAAAGAAGAAAGCAUCGUUAACAUCAAAGAUUCCUGCGCUUGCGGUGGAAAUGCCUGGCUCAGCAGAUAUCUCAGGGCUAAACCUGCAGUUUGGGGCGUUACAGUUUGGUUCGGAGCCUGUUCUCGCGGAGUACGAAUCGACGCCCACAACGAGCACCGCCGUUAGCCAGUCUCAAAGCAGCCUGUACACCAGCACGGCUAGUGAAUCUUCAUCCACAAUUUCGUCCAAUCAAAGCCAGGAGUCUGGUUACCAGAGCGGCACAAUACAGACAGCAACAUUUACCUCCCAGAACAGCGCUCAGGGACCACUGUACGAACAGAGAUCCACCCAGACGAGGCGAUACCCAAAUUCAAUCUCCUCCUCGCCCCAGAAAGAUCUGACCCAGGCCAAGAAUGGUUUCAGUUCUGUACAACCCACGCCAUUACAAACCACGCAGGCCGUUGAAGGUGCUACAGGCCCCGCAGUGAAAUCCGAUUCCCCCUCUGCUCCCAGUAUCACGCCUCUCAAUGAUGGGGUAUCUGCAUCGUCCUUGCUGACGACAGCCAGCCAACACUCAACAGCUCUGAGCAGCCUGAGCCACAGUGAGGAGCUCCCCAAUACGACCACGGCCCAACUCAGCAGUACGUUACCCACCCAGCAGAACAGUCUGUCCUCAUCCACAUCCUCUGGGCGAACGUCAACUUCAACUCUUCUGCACACAAGUGUGGAGAGUGAAGCAAGCCUCCAUUCUUCUGCUAGCACUUUCUCCACCUCCUCCAGCACAGUGUCAGCCGCCCCACCAGUCGUAAGCGUUUCAUCCAGUCUCAGCAGUGUCAGCAGCCUGGGCCUCAGCCUCAGUAGUAACUCCACGGUGACGGCCUCAACUCGCAGCUCUGUUGCAACAACAUCAGGAAAAGCCCCUCCCAAUCUCCCUCCUGGAGUCCCACCGUUGUUGCCUAAUCCAUACAUCAUGGCUCCAGGGUUGCUACAUGCCUAUCCGCCACAGGUGUAUGGAUAUGAUGACUUGCAAAUGCUCCAGACGAGAUUCCCAUUGGAUUACUACAGCAUCCCGUUCCCUACGCCUACCACCCCGCUGACUGGAAGAGAUGGCAGCCUGAGCAGCAAUCCAUACUCUGGUGACUUAACAAAAUUUGGCCGAGGUGAUGCCUCUUCUCCCGCUCCUGCAACGACUUUGGCCCAGCCUCAGCAGAGCCAGACCCAGACUCACCACACCACGCAGCAGACGUUCCUGAACCCAGCGCUGCCUCCUGGCUACAGUUACACCAGUCUGCCGUACUACACAGGGGUACCAGGGCUCCCCAGCACCUUCCAAUACGGGCCCGCCGUGUUCCCUGUUGCUCCUACCUCUUCCAAGCAGCAUGGUGUGAAUGUCAGCGUCAACGCAUCAGCGACCCCUUUUCAGCAGCCCAGCGGCUAUGGCUCUCACGGAUACAGCACUGGUGUAUCGGUGACAUCUAGUAAUACAGGAGUGCCGGACAUCUCGGGCUCUGUCUACUCCAAAACUCAGCAAUCCUUCGAGAAGCAGGGAUUUCACACUGGAACCCCGGCAGCCUCCUUCAACCUGCCUUCGGCGCUGGGCAGCGGUGGCCCCAUCAACCCUGCGACGGCGGCGGCGUACCAAAAAACCCGGCCCUUUGGGAGCGGCUCCGGCCAGCGCAGCCAAGGCAGCUCCAUCCCUCAGAAAUCCCAGGCCAACAAGUCUGCCUACAACAGCUACAGCUGGGGCGCCAACUGA